UGCUCAUACACUGCAUAUACCUUUUAAAUAAUUCACAUUUAUGAAUUAACUCAAAAAUAUAUAUUGCUUAAAAAUUAUUUCAAUAUCCUAAAAAAGAUGAUAUGAUAAAUUUAAAUACAUUUCUACAAUUGCCGCAAAUUUCACGAGUUAGUAUAAAUAAAACGUAGAGUAAUAAUGCUAGUGUCAAUUAGUAGUAAUAGGGUCAGGUGAAUGAGUCUAUAAUAGAAGUCAAAAAGAAAGAAAAGAAAAAGGAAAAAAGUAUCUUUGUGCAUUCCAAGAAAAAGCAAUAGUAGUCACAUUCACGUGAGUGUAAAUAAGUGGUAAUUUAUAGGGUUAGGUGAAUGAAUCUUAAAAAGAAGUCAAAAAAAAAACAAUAUGGUUAUUAUUCCAAGACAAAGCAAGUAGUCAUCACAAGCAUCAUGUGAUGACUGAAAUAUAAUAGUAUCCUUGUGAGUGCGCUCUGCAUGGUUCUCGUGAAUCAAACUCCUAUAUAUAGUAAACAAGUUCUUCAACAAUUUCCCAUCCUACCAUCUAUCAUGGCAAACGAGUUCCAUGGAUCUUCAUUAAGGAGCUCUUCUCCCAACAACCCUAAGUUCAUCCAAAUCCUUACUUCAUUAGAUGAAUUACGCCGUCUGAGGAUUCCAGUAGUAUUUGCCAAAAGACACUGCGAGAACAUGUUAAACCCCGUGUUUCUUGAGGCUCCCCAUGGAAAAGCUUGGGAGGUUGAAGUGGAAAAUUCUCAAGGCCAAAUUUGGCUAGCCAAGGGAUGGAGUGAUUUUUGUGACUAUUACUCAAUAAGAGUCAAGAGCGUAUUAAUGUUCACGUACAACCCGCGUUGUCAGUUUUCUGUCGCUAUAUAUGAUCAGAGUAAAACAGAAAUUGAAUAUCCAAUAGAUCAAGAUAUUGAAUCAGAUGAACAAGAGGAAGAUAUUCUAUUUUCCCAAGCUAAUGCUAAUAUCAUCGAAGAAGAUAUUCUAAUUCUCCAAUCUAAUGCUAAUGUAAUCGAAGAAGAUAUUCCAAUUCUCCAAUCUAACGCUAAUGUAAUCGAGGAUGAAGAGGAACAUAUUCCAGUUAAUUGCCCUCAAACUAAUGCUAAUGUAAUUGAGCAACAUAAGUAAACAUCUUAAGUGCUUUAUUAGCCAUUAAUUAAGUGAAUUUAUUAGUAGAAUAUUGUACUAAUUGUUAUACUUAUGUCAAGCUGUUGUAGAUAAGGAGGUUGGAGAAGCUAAUAGUAUAAGUGAAAAAGUUGGUCCAAAUAAUUAUAGCAGUCGAUACAGUUUGGUGGACUUAACUGGUGACAAUCCGUUUUUUGAAAUGGUUAUAAAAAAGUCACAUGCUACUUGUAUGGCUAUCCCGUUGAGAUUCGCCCAACAAACAGACAUAAUAAACAUGAAGAAUAUGAGGUUGGUUAAUGAAGAAGGAGUAUAAUGGAAAGUGGAAAUAGAGUAUGCUAGGAGUAUGGUUAUCAUAAAAGAAGGAUGGACUGCCUUUCGAAAAGAUAACAAAAUAGCUAAUGGUGAAACUUGUCGCUUCAAGUUGAUUCAGGGCCCCAUUGAAAAUGUUUUGCAGGUUCAGAAGAUCCCAACACCCCUUUGCUUGCAAUAAAUUAGAUACAAGUUUUUUGAUUGCAUUUUGGCUAUUUUAGUUUGUCUUAUUAAGAUGCUACUUGUACUUAAUUUGCUAGGGUAUCAAAUUUCAGAUAGCUUUUUUGCAUAAAUUAUCUUCUUAUAAUUGCAAGUAUAUGUAUUCAACAAGUGCUCAAGUAAACAUUUUAUUUUGUAAACGUUAUGGAA